AUGACUGCAAAUCCAGCAGAAGUCAUUAAUAGUACUCAGAAAUCUACCUCACAACUUCUGUUCUUUGACACAUUAACAGCAAGUAAUUUUAGUAGCGACGAACUUCCAACAGAAUGUAUUAGAUUUCACCAACGUGUCGUUUUAUCUGAAAUAAGGGUAGUGCCAAAACAUUUUCGUCCGUUUAAAGGCAGUCGUAAAAAUGAUCAUGUAGGACAGACUUCCCCUAAUAAAUUUGACCUAAAUCUUCUUAUUCAUAAAACUCUUACUGCCGAUUCAGCUAAACCACCAGAAAAACGACCACCAACUUUACCUUUACACCCAUUAACAAUCUCUUUCGACGAAAAGAAGGGAUUCCUUAGCUAUGAUGUCACUUUACUGCCUGAAGCCACUACUCGUUUUAUAAUACUUCGUGGAAAUUACCAAAAUGUGACAUUAUGUAUUUAUGGAAGAGUUAUGGAAAUUAGCAAGCCUCAAUAUAUAAAAUCUAAGGAUAAAAUAGGUGCAUCUACAAUUUGCGAAAAAUCAUCAUCAAAGCUAAUCAUGGGUAAUAAUAUAGAGUUAAAAGUUGAAGAAAAUUCACUUGGAAAUAUACCUAUUAACAAAGAAGAAAAAAUUGAUGAAAUGGACUCUAUCGAACCUCUAGAGACUUAUAAUCAUGAUGUUAUAAUGGAAGGUGUUCAAGAAGAACAAAAUACCCCCGUAAUAGAUUCUACUUCAUCGGUACAAAUCCUUGACGAGCUAAAAGCUGUUGAAGGCCAAUUUGUAACAACAAUGGAAGAAGAUGCAUUCUAUUUAGAUGAUGGACAUAGAGAUACUAAUUCUGAUGCUGAUAAGAUAAGUGCAUUGUUGAACAAGGAUCGUGCUGGAGUUUUCAGAAUAUUGUCUCCUGCAAACGCUGUUGACUUUUCUGUUUGGAAUUUGGAUGAAAAAUUAAAUAAAGAUAUACUUGUGUAUCAUACAUCACCGGAUGAACCACUUUUAUCACAAGCUUCUAAGCCAAUAUUCAAAGAAGCUUGGGAUGAAUUUAACGUUUAUGUGAAACAAAUUCAUUUAUUCUUGUCUAAAAUGAAUAUUGAAAAUAAGAUGGACAUUAUCUCUUAUACGGAAGGAACUUCUACUGCAUUUGAAGAACUGCUCCAUCAACUCAGCAAUGUACUUGUGGAAGGAUUUCUCUGGGCAAAGUGCCAUAUGAUUCGAUAUGAAGACGAAAUGAAUACAGUAUAUAAAGGUGUACUGUUCGCUCUUGAUAUGACAACAGGAAAGUCUACCGUGAAAUUAUUUGAAAAUGGCCUGACGUUGUUCUGCAAACUGUGUUCAUGUGGAGAAGAUAUAAUUAAUUCUUCAAUGAUCCAGACCUGCCUCAAACUUAUGGUAUCUCUUCUAAAAGAACAGUUUGUAUCAUCAACUUUGCAAACUAUUAUACUCCGCGGCUUAUUGGAGUGCAUAGGAGAACCGCGAGUUGCUGAAGAAUUCUCACGUUAUAGUAAUAAUAAUGAUGAUAAUGCUGGAGAUUGUUUAUACAAAACUUUUAUUUUACCAAUGUUACAAAUCAAAAAUCUGCCUUUGCGCAUUUUACAUUUACUUCAAGCUAUCGUACGCAAAAUUACUAUUUAUGAAGCCUGUAUAAAUCUACAACAAUUAGUGGAAGACAAAUUACAACCUGGAAUGAAAAUGAAGAAAAAGGAAGAAUCAACGAAUAAUUUCGAUAAUCCAAAAAUAUAUAGUAGUUUUUCUAAUUCAGAUAAAAAUGUACAUGAACUAGUUGAUGUUGAAUCGAUCAUCGAUCGAGUGUGCAAUUGCUUGCAUAUCGUUUCUAAAGCAGCUUUAUAUUAUAUGGCUUUACAUUCAGGGGAAGAUUCCAAUCAAAAUUACCCACCCAUUUUCUCUUUUAAAUAUCUCACUUCUUGCCAUUUUUUUCCAGCUAUUACAAUUAUUAUGUCAUCACACCGAGUGCGUUCAUGUUCGAGGUUUCAUGAAAUGGUGAAUUCAAUCGGUCGACUAUGUGUUAUUUUAAUGGGUGCUCGGAUUAGCAUGCUUUAUCUAGUCAAACAAUUACAACAAACUAAUGAAUUAUUCGGUGACAGUUUAUUAAUUAUAUGGUCAACAAUUUUAUGUCGACAUGAUGGUAUUUCAAUGGAAGAUUCUUUGGAAGCCUAUUCAAAUUCUUAUCCGUUAACGGAUAUAAAUGAAUUGAGGCGAACACCAGGUAUUGGGGAUAUAUGGUUUGGUUUUGGUCAAUCUAAAACAGGUGGAAAUUAUGAUGAGGAUUAUGAUUAUAUGUGUGAUUAUAGCGAAGAUGACUUUACCUUUACAAACAAAAAAGAUUAUGAGGAUUCUGUUUUGAAAAAGGCACGGCGGAUUUUAAAUAUGCAAAGUUGUGGUGCUAUUGGUGCAGAGACUUGUUGUUUGGAUAAUUGUAUUAUUCCAUCCAACCAAUUAGUCAUAUUAUUAACAUAUCAACUAUAUGCUGUCGCUAUUAUUGAAAGAUUGUUGGAAUAUGGAAAAGGAGGAUUAGAAAGCCAAACUUACGUGGAUUACGCCAAAAUAUCGAAAUUACUGAGUGAUUUAUUUGAAUUGACAACAUUUAACGUUGGAAAGCAGGCUGUAGCAUCUACAGUUAUUUAUCUCGAUGCUCUAUCGACCAUUAUAUCUUUUGCAAAUGUUAGUCCAGCACAAGAAUUUGUAUCGGGUUCCGUUUCAAGUACUGACUCUAAUGCUCUAGGACGUAUCUCUUUGGAACUUUUGGAAAUUGUUAUAAAGUUCUCUUCGUCAUUUCCAUUUUUAUUAACACCACAAAUCCAUGAAAUUGUGAAUCCAUUUAUUUCUUCAGAAAGCCACUUACGUUCAUUAUGGGAUCCAAUUGCUGCUUUUCAUGAAACUGGAAAUAUUCAAGGAGUAAUCGAUAUUAUUAAACAUCAAAAAGACUAUCCUGAAUGUUUAAGAGAUCAUAAUUCUGUUAAUCAAAUACUUGUUUCGCUUAGGCUUUUAAUGUCAUAUACAUAUAAUGAAAGUGGUAUUCUGCACAUUUUGAAAGCUCGAAUGGAUGAUUUUAGUGGAUAUGAUAACGGUGACAGUUUUUUGGUUUUCUUAUUAAGGCUUUUAAAUCACGUUGCCGAAGUUCUAUCCGAUUUGAGCGACUUUGUUGUGUAUGCAGAACAUCAAUCUACAUCAGAAUAUAAUUAUACAUCGGAUGGUUUGAUUUCUGAAAAUCAUGACGAGUCCAAAGUUCAAGAAACAUCAAAAUCCAAUGGAAAUAUAUAUGAAAACAGAAAUGAUAAUUCAAAUAAUAAUGCACCUACUUUUAUACAAUCUAUGUUGUCAUCCGAAGUUUUUGAACUUCGAAGAGAAUUACUUGAUGUGGUUUGGUAUAAUUUAAUAUUAAUACGUAGACUACUUCGAUCGGUUUAUGGAAACCCUGAAGGAAGUGCAGCUAAAAGACACUUUAGAGAUAUAUAUGGUGAAAAUGAAUCACCAGAAGACCCUUUACCAUCUCAGAAAAAAUCCAUGGUUCGAAUUUGUGUUGAACCAUGGCUCAUGCUUGUGUCUGCUUUAGAUCAUUUAGACGGACGUUUAAGUGAUCAACUUGGAGCUACUACUUUAUUAAGUAAUGAUCCACCAUUGAAAAAUGGUCAAUCUGCACAGAUUGCACGCAUUCGUGGUCUUAUUUUAGGUUUAUUUGGAUUAUUAACUCAGAUUGUAAUUGAAGAAAAGCCUUUACAAAGUGAUGAAAUGCGAGAAAUAAAUUAUAGAUCUCGUUUUUUUUCCGAAUUUACUGGUCGCCAUGUGGUUAAGCAAUUAGUUGAUUUUAUGUUUGAUGGACCCAACAAUUUCCUUAGUGGAUUGCAUAUACUGAGUGAAAUAUUACCAACACCAUUGCUUUCUCAACGUGUUGAAGGAAACUUGGAAAGUGAUGAAUUUAUUAAUUGGCAGCAAAGUCAACAAGAAGCACGUAUAUUACGAGAUUAUUGGAUUAAGCAAUUACUUCCUUUACGAGACGAUUUAAUUUUCCUCACCAAAAGCAUCGCUCCUUCGAGUUCGAAAAUAUUGCAUAUGAUGCUUCGUACUGUCAUAUGUCAAUUGGUCGAUUUAGAUUUCUUGGAUAUUGGUAUAGGAAGAGGAAUUGUAGCUGUUAUUGUCAACGGCGUACGAGACGCUUUUGAACAAUUCAAUUCGUUUAUUGAAAAGUCAGAAAAGCGGAACAUCGGUGUUAAUAUUGAUGACUUUAAAGGAGAAGAACCCGAAAUGUCGAAUGAUGAUAUGACCAUCUCCUCAGACAUUCAAAUGAAAUUAACAAUAUUUGGACGAUGGAUGAGCCUUUUGACGUCCUUAUGUGGGACAUCAUCCGGAAGGUCAUUACUACUUGAUUCUGUAAAUUAUUGUUUAUUAGAAUGGGUAAAACAUGGGAAAAAUGGUCGACUUCAAAUUCGUUCACUUUUAAUCCUACAGGAAAUCGCAGAAACAGAAAUAGGAGCUUUAUUUAUUCUUUCAAAAAAAUAUUACCGUCAGUUAAUUAGCGAUAUUAUGGCUUGGAUUCCUGAUUUGCUUCGAUCACAAGAUUUACGUAUUCAAGACCUAACUAUUGCGUACCGUUCGAUUAUCUUUAUUCUUACAAUAAUAAGAUAUGUUCUUCCUGAACAAUUGCAACAAGAAUUCCCUUUUUUAAAAGAUAACUUGGGGUCUCUACCUGUAUUAUUUGAUUCACAUAAAGACGCUGAAACAAUUCUCAAGUCAUAUGAAAAUAUUGAGCAACAUAUUGUUGAACUUCCAUAUGAAUCUCAUAAUAUAGAUGAAGAGAUGAUUUAUGAUCAUUUAUGUCAGUCAAUAGUUAAUGUUAUUAAAAGAUUUAAAGAUAAUAUGCAUGACUAUACUCGAGAAUUUAAUGAAAAUGAAAUGAUGUCAAACAUUGAUGAAAAUUCAAAAAAAUUUAAUAUCAGAAUUUCCGAAGUUAUCAAUAAGCUUAAUAACCAUAAUAUUUCCAUAAGGAAAGAAAUUGGAUCAAUAAGCAUUGGGGUAGUUAUUGAUGAUUAUCCGGAUUUCCCAUUUUAUGAUAUUGUAGAUGAUUUCGGCGACGGCGGAUUAUUUAGCUCUCCUGAUUUAGAAAUAGAUUUUGAAGUUUUCGCCAAGGAGAUGUUGCCAAAUUUCCAAUUUCACAAAAAAAUGAAAAUUUCUGGUGAUAGCGCAGCUAAAGGGAGAAAGUUGUUAAAAACACGCACUUUGAGUAAGCUUGGUGGUAUUGCCUAUGAAAGUAAUGCUCGAAGGAAUUUGGGUGGAGGUAAGACUUAUCAAAAAAAUGAGUUUCGAAGCAUCCAUAAUAACAGAAAAGCCAAUACCAGCCGACCUCCUUCGGUUCACGUUGAUGAUUUUAUGUCUGGAAAGAUUCCAGUCAAUCAACAACAUCCUGACAUGUUGUCUACUGCAACCACCACAUCAACUCCAACAAUUCCAACUACAGUAGCUAUUCAACAAAAGAAAACAAAUGCCACGAAUCGUACCCAACCUCAGAAUAAACGAGGUGGAAUAAUAACUGUUACUACUAACACUCAAUUGACUAAUAAUAAUAGAGGGCGAGGGAGAAGACCCAGUACAAGUUCGACAUCAGUACAACGAGGUGCUUCACGUGGUGCUAGUAAUAGUGGGCGUGGCGUAGGUGUGGGUAGAGGUAGUAAUACAACUGCUAGUAUUGUUGGUGGUUGGGAUAUGGGAAGUGGUGGUGCUUGGACUCCAUCCUUGCCAAUAAUAAUGGGCCCACCAAUGAAUAAAUAUAUGGAAUUUGAAAGACGGAUUGAAGGUCAACGUGAUUAUACUCGAUACGAAGGUCAAACGAUGCGUACUGGUUAUUAUGAUAACCAAUAUUAUAGCAUGCCUUCACCAAUGGCUCCGUAUGAUCGUCCUCCAGUACAACAAUCAGCUCCUGGAAUGGGUCCUCGGAUUAAAAAUGGAAGUGAACCCAGACGAACUGUUCCACAAGAAUGGGCAUCUCGUUCUAUGACUUCUCAGCCUACAAGAAGGCCGGAACGACCAUUUG